AUGUCUGGCGCCGCAGUGAACCGUCCUGUGGACUUGAAGCAGAAGGAGAUUGAUGUCAACAACAAGCUCCAGCUCUACGGCAUCUAUUCAGCUUUCGCAAACGGCAAAGUCCCAUCGAACAAGCAGAUUGACGUUGCCUUGAAUAGCGUCCUUGCGUCGAAAGCCCUCUCUUCGCCUUCCAAGAAGCUAAGCUCCGAUGGACAACGUCUCGUCGCCGACCUCAAGGACGUAAUUGAGCAGGCCAAGAUCCUACUCCUCACCAAGAACGACGGCAACCUUCUACAAGACUUCAUUUGGCAGACGCAGCAGAUCAGUGGCGGCAACGCCCAAGCCCCUGGCGCCCCGGUAGAUAAGGACACCGCAAGGCGGCAUGCCAACGAGGCCCUCGACGGUCUCCGCACCCUCGGCACCCUCAUCAUCUCCAAUGGCCAGUUCCGCAAGCUUCUCUCCGAUGCUACCAUCCUUCUCCGUGACAUCGCCGGCGAUGCUGCAACCAAGACGGCCAACAAGGUCAACCCCACUGAGGAACAGCUGGCCCAAAUCGACCGUCCAGCGGAUGACAACACCUGGCAUGAGGUCCCAGAUAUGUCCAAGGAAAACCUUAAGAGCCAGCUAAAGCAGAACAUGCCCGUCAGCAAGAAGGAUGCUCAGAAGGAUACCCAGAACAUCGCUGGAGACGUCUCCCAGGCCGCUCACCCUCAGGGUUCUCGGGAUCCUACUGACACUGCUCAGCUCGGAGCCCGGGAGCAGCAGCAGGGAACCCAGCAAGGCAUUGAUGCUCGGGCUGGCGUCGAUACGGCCAAACAGGCUAUUUCGGAGAAGGUCCCCGACGAACACAAGGAACGGGCCAGAGAGGUGCGUGAUCGCCAGCGGGAGCGCUUGAACGAGUACCUGCGGGGAAAGAUGCCCCAGGAACGUCGUGAGCAGACCAUUUGGCGUCUGAAGAAGAUGGUCGUUGAGAUCCAGGGCCACCAGGACUAUCAGCAGGCUAUUGAUACUCUGCUCCGCCUCGCGGAGCAGUAUACAGGUCACACCAAGGACGUUGCUCUGCAGAGCAAGGGCACCGUCAAAGGCGCUCACGACGACGAUGCACUACAGCUGGCAGAGGCCGACCUCAAGACUCUGCUCGAGCGAUUCGCCAACAGCACCUCGUUUGAUGAUCUCAUCGAUGCGGUCGACGACGUGUACAGGGAUGCUGACCGCGAUCCCGAGCUCAAGAACUGGUUCAAGCAACUUGAUUCCUACAUCCGUAGGUGUCUGAAGGAGCAGGGCUUCAUCAUGGAUGAUGCUGCUACCGAGGAGUGGAACAGGAUCUACGACCACGGCCACUAUCUGCUCCGUGACCGUUACCGUGGCCACACUGACCGCAUUGCUGACGAGUUCAAGUUCCUCGGCCAACAGUUCGAUGAAGAUCCGCAGAACAAACGAUUCGCUCAGUCUCUCACCAAGCUGUUCAACGACCUGGGCCAUGACGAGGCUGGAAACACCAAGUUCAAGCCCCAUCUAGUCAAGGAUCUCACCGACGUUAUCCUUCCUGCCUUCUUUGAGAACAUCAGGUAUAUUCCUGUUCCCCGUAUUGAGUACAGCGACCCCAUGAUCGAUGCGGUCGUCGAGAACUUGGUGAUUGAAGGGGACAACCUUGCCCCGAAUGUUCUCGAGUUUGGGUCCGAUAACUACUGGCGUUGGGGACGAAAAUCCAUCUCCAGCAAGCACAAGAACAAGGUCAUGCUCUCCGUGUCGGGCAUCCAGAUGGAUCUGCGCGAUGUUUCUUACUAUGUCAAGCGCAAGCACGGCUUCCCCUCUGUUACCGACAAGGGCGUCAUGGAUGUCUUUAUGGGCGGAAGCGGCUUCAGCUUCAAAGUGGAGAUGGAGACUGCCGAUCCAACCGACAGGAUCCAUUACUUCAAGAUCAACAAGGUGUCUACUGACAUCCAGCACCUGUCCAUCAAGCUGAAGAAGAGCAACCAUAAGCUCUUGUUCUCCAUGUUCAAGCCACUGCUCUUGAAGGUCAUGCGCCCUGUCAUUCAGCGUGUGCUGGAGAAGCGGAUCAGAGACUCCGUCAACCAGUUGGAUGGCAUCUUGUACGAUAUCAAGAUGGAGGCCGACAAAGCCGCCGAGGAUGCGAAGCGCAACCCUGACCCCGAGAACGUCCAGAACAUCUAUCAGCGUUACGUCAACGCUGCCAACAAGCGUCUCAUGCAAGGCAAACAGAAGAAACAGGAGCUUCAGGAACGCGCCAAGGACACCAAGGUCAACGUUGCCGUGACGAAACAUGAUUCCAUCUUCAAGAAUAUCUCUCUCCCUGGCGGUAUCAGCACCAAGGCCACCGAGUACAAGGAGCUUGCUGCCAAGGGCGACAAAUGGGAGAGUCCGGUGUUUUCCAUUGGAUCCGCGAAGGAGUCCACAAGUCUCCCCAAGAUUGCCAAUGUUACACGCAAACCCCAUGGCCGCCCUGGAGGGUAUGGGCGUGUCGACCCCAAUGCAACGUCCGAAUUUGGACAGCCGUGGUCUCCUCAGAAGCAUGAGGGUCAUCCUGCCGGGUAUGACCAGGGUUUUGCAGGCCUUGGACAGCCCGCUGCCGCAGGAUACGGUCACGAAGAUGCAAGUGGCUUGGGGAAAGCUUCCGCCGGCCGUGCCGACAGUGCCGUUGCUGCCCCUGGUGGCGCCGCCGGUCUUCCCACUGGCACCGGGAAUGAACACUACAACACGAGCUGGGGCAAGGAAAACCCAGUGCUCCAGGGCUCCGUCUAA